CCAAUCAUUGUCACACAAAAAGCUAAACAAAAAGCCCUCAAAAAUCUGAAUUUGUUCUCAUUUUCGCUAAGCUAAUCCAUACCAGUAUUGCAAUGCCACCGCCAACAGCCUCCCUCUCCGUUUCUUCAUCUCCAUCUAUCUUCCCGCUCUCUUCUAUCGCUUCUUCUUCCAGUAAACCCCAAAUAUGCUUUUGCCCCAAUCCCACCAGAUUCACCGGUUUCGCUUCCCUCUCCAAACCCAAAUCCCAUCACCGCAAACUCACGCCGCUCUCCGCCGUUUCCAUCGAGAAAGAAACCAUGAUCUCCGAGCGCCCCCACACUUUUCUCCGCGAAACCGACGGUCAAGACGACGGAUCCGUCAGGUCUCGCUUCCAGCGCAUGAUUAUGGAGGUGCAGGACAGCGUGUGCGCCGCCCUCGAGGCUGUCGACGGAGCUGGGAAGUUCAAGGAAGACGCUUGGACGAGGCCUGGAGGCGGUGGGGGAAUUAGUAGAGUGUUACAAGACGGAGCGGUUUUCGAAAAGGCUGGUGUUAAUAUCUCCGUUGUUUAUGGGGUUAUGCCCCCCGAAGCUUAUAGGGCUGCCAAGGCUUCUGCCGCCGAUGAGAAGCCCGGUCCCAUUCCCUUUUUCGCCGCAGGUGUCAGCUCGGUUUUGCAUCCCAAGAACCCGUUUGCUCCAACAUUGCACUUUAACUAUAGAUAUUUCGAAACCGAUGCUCCUAAAGAUGCUCCUGGAGCACCUAGACAAUGGUGGUUUGGUGGUGGAACUGAUUUGACUCCAGCUUACAUCUUUGAGGAGGAUGUCGAGCAUUUUCACUCGAUACAAAAACAGGCUUGUGAUAAAUUUGAUCCAUCCUUUUAUCCACGUUUCAAAAAAUGGUGUGAUGACUAUUUUUACAUUAAGCAUCGGGGUGAAAGACGAGGUCUCGGGGGAAUAUUUUUUGAUGAUCUGAAUGACUAUGAUCAAGAGAUGCUUCUUUCAUUUGCCACUGAAUGUGCGAAUUCUGUGGUUCCUGCAUACGUACCAAUCAUAGAGAAAAGGAAGGAUAUCCCAUUUAAUGAGAGCCAAAAGGCAUGGCAACAGUUGCGAAGGGGCCGCUAUGUAGAAUUCAACUUGGUCUAUGAUCGAGGCACAACAUUCGGACUGAAGACCGGAGGUCGAAUCGAAAGUAUUCUUGUCUCUCUCCCUUUAUCUGCACGAUGGGAGUAUGAUCACAAACCAGAAGAGGGGAGUGAAGAAUGGAAAUUGUUAGAUGCUUGCAUCAAUCCUAAGGAGUGGAUCUGAUACUUCUGAUUGAGUUUCUUUCUACCCUUUCGAAAUUGUUAUAUGGUAGUGUUUCUAUGCAAGGAAGUUGUAUGUUAAUUCCAUGGUUUUGUUGUAUCAAAGUGAAGAUUUGUUCAUGUGAAUUCUUUGAAAGUGUUGAAAUCGAAAAAAUGAUUUCCCCCUGCAA